UCCUCGAAGCCUGGAAACCUGUUUCAUAAUCGAAUGUCUUCUAUAUAGAUCCAUUUCAUGCUUAUGAACUCUGCAACAAAUUUAUAUAUUAUAUUCUGGUGCUUCUAUUUAAGUUAUAGAUUAUAAAAAUGAGACAAUACGUGCACUCUGAAAUCCCUCGUCUUCGCUGGACUUCAGACCUUCAUCGAUCUUUUAUCAAUGCAAUUCACAGCGUUGGGGGAGAAAAAAAGGCCACACCAAAGCUUAUUGUGGAGCUAAUGGGUGUAAAUGGAGUCGGGAUUUCCCAUGUCAAAAGCCAUCUUCAGAUGUAUCGAAAUAGGAACAAAAGUGAAAAUUGUCAAGGAAACCACCAUGUUGAGAAACAUGAGAAUAGCAGAAAGCGUUCGAGACAUGCAGAUGGCAAUGCCCGAUUAGCAAAUUUGGACCAAGAGUUAGAGAAGUAUAGGUCCUCCAUAUACUCACACAAAAGAUUGAGGGCAUGCAAAGUUCAAUCUUCCUUCCCAAAAGAAGAAGCUCUACAACUAAAUGAUAGAACUUGUGGGCCUUACACUCAAAUGACUUCAUAUAAUCAGCAAUCUCGGAAUCAAAACGAUCAAGUGAAGAGAAAAUUUUGUGCACAAUGGCGUGACAGUAAAAAAUAUUGCAGACAUCCCACAUCAGAUUCAGUGAAAAGUGGCAUGGAAGAUCUAGGGGAACUCUGUCUCAGUCAAUACCAAUGUUCUCAGAAGAUGGAGGAACAAGAAAGACUAAUCCCUCUUGAACUGCAAUUAAAAGACAGCUUAUGUUACCAGCAUGGAAAAUUUACUUGUGGUACAACCUCCAUUUAUAACAACAAACAGGAAAGUAGAGCAAGUCCAGAAGAAAAAGACAUUUCAUGUAGCACCAGCAAUGAUGCACAAUCCGUUUUGAUUGAUAAUGUUUGGAGAGUUGAAUCAAAGGACCAAGAUGACGCCAGAUCUGAUAAAAAACCAAUGCUUCGAGAGGAUGACAUCCGAUUAGAGUUAUCAAUUUCAAUAUCUUGAUUGUAAUCAGAGUUUCUAGAUUGUAUCAAAGAUAGACUUCGGUUGUAAUCAGAGUUUCUAGAUUGUAUCAAAGAUAGACUUCGAUUGUAGUCAGAGUUUUUAGUUUUAGUAAACGCUUUAACAUGUUAAAAUGAUGGAGGGUUUAAAUCACACACUAAGCUUUGAUUUCUAGGCUUAAAAGCAUUAAACACUUAAAAUUGACUGAUAUUUUUUAUGCUAAUAUGUUGCUUAGUGUGAAUGGUUAUAUGAAUGAUUGAUUAAUUGUGUCUUCAA